AUGCCUGUACUGAAAGACCACUACUAUCGGUUGGCGUCGGAGCAGCCUAAGGAACGUCUAGAAGCAGCAACAGCUCUUGUUCAGGAACUCACAAACGAAAAUGAAAAGGAAGAUUGGGACUAUGCAUUGAAUAGACUUACCAAAGGUUUGAUCACUACAAGACAAUCAGCUCGAUUUGGGUUUUCCUUAGCAUUAACCGAAAUCAUCAGAGCUUUAAUUACCGAUAAGUGCGAGUUGACUAUAGUGGAAUAUUUAGAUUUAUUGGUGAAUACUACUGGAGUUAAACUGUCUAUGAAGGGAAAGGAAAUGAGGUCAGUACUCUUUGGAAGACUCUUCGGUUUACAUGCUCUCAUCAACUCGGGAGUAUUACUUUCAGCUACCGAUAUUGAACCUCAUACUCGCUUUAUAUCUAUUUUGGUGGAAUUGGCAGGUACAAAAUCAUGGUUGAGAGAAACUGCAAUGUUCACUUGUUGUCAAUAUGUAAGGUUGGUGAAUGAUAGUACUUUGGAAAUAACCGAUGAAAUCAAGGUCCAAGUUCUCCAAGCAGUAAAUGACAACAACUUAAACUUAUCCACUGAAGGAGUAGCCAUUUAUUUGGUUGUUGAUGAUUCUACACUUGCACAAAACAUACUUAACCCUAGACCAAAUUGGAAAAGUGGACAUCCUUUCGCAAAGGGUAACACAAGUGUCUUAGCCAAGGCAUUAAAAGAUGUUGAUGUAGUAGAAGAUAUAGAUGCUGAAGAAUCUCCCAAGAAGAAACUGUCUCAGAAGGGUUCAUGGCAACCUCGUAUUCCAUUUGUAUGGGACAUGAUCUUAGAACAUUAUAACAAAUAUCAAGACGACGAACAACUAGAAGAAACAGUAAAGGGUAAAAAGAGAUCAAAAUCAGAAAAUAAGAAAUCAAAGAAGAAACAAAAGAAGAUUCAAGAGUCAUCAUCAUCAUCGUCAUCAGAUAUUUCAAUAGGUGAAUUUUGGAAAGCAGCUGUUGACGAAACAUUUUUCUCAGAAAAGUCAUCUCAUGAAAGAAAGUACUGGGGGUUUGAUAUCUUCAACAAGUUUUGUAAGAAUUUAAAUUCAAAAAUGCCUGUUUGUUGUCUUAUAACUCCAAACUUCAUGAGAACGCUUAUCAAUCAGAAUGCCCAACAAAAUAGAAUGCUCAAUAAGAUUGCGUCCAAGACAAUUACCACGAUCAUUGAAGUUUCCAAAUCUGAUAGUGAAAAGGGAUUCCAACUUUUGACUGCACUAGUUGAUGAAUCUAAAGGUGGUAGAUGGAACUUUGAUGCUCUCAGUAAAUCAAAAACAGUUGAUACUCUCCUUUCUAUGAAAAUGCUGUCUUUACAAUUGAAUCAAGUGGUUGUCCUUUUGAAGUCUAUUAUUGAAAAGAAUAAACAAAAUGAGAAUGUCUUGAAAUGGGCUGCUGAUAAGUUUUUAUUGGUUGUAAGAACUCAUAAAGAACAGUUGGAAGAUGAUUACAGAAUAUUUGAUGAUAUAUUGAACUUCAUUCUUCGUCUUGCAUUAUUCAAAUCCAUUGAUAAAACUGAACUUGAAACAGGUGAAAAGUUAAGCUCUAUUUUUAUAGAAAAGUUGAACUCAAUGUUGUCCGAAUUCAUUUCUGUUCAAAGACAAGGGACCAUGUCUUGGUCUUUCUAUUGUUGCAAGCAGAUCCAACUCUUUGAGGAACAAGGUCUUGAACUUUACACUGAGUUAGAUGAAGAAUUGAAUGCUGUGAAGAGUGAGACCAUGAUCUUAUUAGAUUCAUUUAAGGACUUGAGUAAGUUACAUGCUAAGAAAGCAGACCAAUUCUAUUGCUUUGAGUUGCUUUUCUCUAUGGUAUUAGUUCAACUUUACACUGGAGAUGAAGAGGCAGUUCAAGUAUUAAACGAAUUGAAGCUUUGUUAUGAGGAUAUCUUUGUUAAAGACCCUAAUGACGAGAAGUUGGUUGAUUCCAGUGUUGUUUUGACGGAAGUACUUCUUCUGUUUGUUUCAAGAAAGUCUACGUUACUUAAGAAGUUCUCUUGUAUUGUAUGGGAGAAGUAUUUAUGUCGUGGGGUUGAUAGCUUGGGUAAGCCUGUUUUGGGUGCGGAUUCCUUUCAAUUACUAUACAAUAUCUUGAUAGCAAGAGAGAACAAGCAGGGUCAGAAAACACUUUUUGAAGGUGGAGAUGAGUUUGUUUCAGAAAAUGAAGCGGGUUCUCGUAGUGAAGAUGAUGAUAGUAACCUUGAGAGCAGUGAUGAAGAGGGUGAUGACGAAGAAGAGGAAGAGGAAAAUGACGUCGAAGAAGAGGAAAAAGACGACGAUAACGAUGAUUCAGCUAAUGGUGAUCAAUUGUCCAAAGUAGACCUUGAAACUAACAAGAAAUUAGCAGCAGCAUUAGGAAUGCCUACACAAGAAUCAGGAGAAAUUAAAUUUGAAGAUUUAAGUUCUGAUGAAGGCUCGGAUUAUGAAUCGGAUUCUAUGGAUGAUGAAGAUAUGAUGGCUAUGGACGAUCAAUUGUCCAAGAUUUUCAAAGAACGUCAAGAUGCACUUUCAAGUAUUGAGACUGGGAACAAGAGGAAAGCCGACGUUGUUGAAGCCAAAGAACAAGUGAUAUUUUUUAAGAAUAGAGUAUUGGAUCUAUUGGAGAUUUUCAUUACUGUUAAUCCCAAUUCUCAUUUUAAUUUAGACAUGAUUAAACCAUUAAUUACAUUAAUUGGGCUAACAUUAGAUAAGAAUUUGGGGAAUAAGGCUCACAAAUUAAUCAAGAUGAAACUUGGUAAAUGCAAAGUUGAUGAGGAAGAUAUCAAGUUAUUCUUUACUACACAAGAGGAAAGAGAUUUGUAUUUGGAUUCACUUGUUCAACUUGUUGAAUGGAUUCAUGAACAAUUAAGAUCAACCAAAUCCACUAAUCAAAGUCAUCUUUUAGCAUGUAACCAAUCAUCAUUAAUUGUGUGCAAAACAUUGGUGAGAUUGAAUCCUCAUUCAUUGGAUACCAUCAUUGAUAUUUACAGUGAGACCAUGAAAAUAUGGGCCAAGAGUCCAAAGAGCAUUGGUCAACCUUCUUUAUUUUUUGAUUUCAUCAAUUGGUUGAAUUCAAAGAGAAACAACUAG